UCCCUUGUCUAGAAUUCAAUUUAAAUGCAUAUUUCUUUCUACUAUAUAAAGAGGGUGACAUUUUCUCCAUUUAACAAUCGUCUUUUAGCGGCUAUAGAUAAAUCUUUUCAAAAUGAUUUCAAAGAUUAUCAUUUUAGCAGCCAUUGCUGUGGUUGGUUUUGCUCACCCUCCUUUGGAUCAUGGACACCAUGCACCUAAACCAUACAAAUUUGGAUACAGUAUUAAAGACAAGCACGGUGAACAACACCGAGAGGAAUCCGGUAAUGGUGGUCAUCACGUGACAGGAAGUUAUGGUUUCACCGAUGACAGAGGUAUUCACAGACAGGUCAAUUAUGUAGCUGAUCACGGAGGUUUCAGAGCCCAGGUCAAGACCAACGAACCUGGUACCGCCAAUCAAAAUCCAGCUGCAGUACACAUCCAUUCAUCUGCUCCUGCACAUGGUCAUUUGUAUGGCGGAUAUGGAUAUGGGGGAUACGGCAGUGCCGGUCUUGGUUAUGCUGGCUUGAAUAAUGGGUAUGCUGGUUAUAGUGGAUUAGGCAAUGGAUUUGGAGGAUUAGUAAAUGGUUAUGGAGGAUAUGGCAUUGGAAAUGCUGGGUUUGGAUAUGGCGGCUAUGGAUUAGCUAGUGCAUUGCUUGGUACUUUGCCAUACGCCAGAUAUGGGUACUAAAAUAUUCAGUAGGUGCUAGAGAAUUUAUUUUGUAUAUGAAUGGGAGCCUCAAUUUUUAUUCUUAAGCUUUUUAAAUGUUUUGCCAAACUGUUGUUUUUUGUAACAUAACCUUUUUGUAAGGUGCUGCUUUGUAUAUAAAUGUCUAA